AUGCUCACUGAAUCAUCCAAACACGCAUGGACAUCGUUAGGUCUUAACGACUCGAUCUCGAAUAUUUCCAAUAGUUUUGGUUAUCAUACAACAGCUACGCCAUCGUCGACUUCGUCGUCAGCAUCGUCAACAAAUGCCGGUGGAGACUCUCGACUCAAGCAUGAUUAUGAAAAUGGAUCAGGACGCGGAAAUGCGGUCAAUGAUUCCAAUUCAAAUACGGGUCAACAACAACACCAACAACAACAACAGUCAUCUUCCUGGUCAUCUGCAGUCAAAUCGGAAUCGUCACAUGGAUUGAGAGAUUCUUACUCAACAUUUUCUAGUCAAUCUUUUUUUCCACACAAUUCACACCGAUUUGGUAGUGGAGCAGCCGGUACAGGUCAAAUACAGUUAUGGCAAUUUCUUCUUGAACUAUUAUCCGAUGCUAAUACAAACUCGAAUAUCAUCGCCUGGGAAGGUUCAAAUGGUGAAUUCAAAUUAAUCGAUCCUGAUGAAGUCGCACGUCGUUGGGGAGAACGGAAAUCCAAACCAAAUAUGAAUUACGAUAAAUUAUCUCGUGCAUUACGUUACUAUUACGAUAAAAAUAUCAUGACGAAAGUUCACGGUAAACGCUACGCAUAUAAAUUUGACUUCAAUGGUCUACAUCAAUUAAAUCAACCUCAAUUGCCUGAAUCGCCUUACACGAAAUAUCAACAAGAAAUGAUGCGUUCAUCUCAUGCCGCGUAUUUCAAAUGGACAGCAUUAAGUUCCGCAGCAGCAACGACCUCUGCUGUUCACAUGCCACAUCAUCACCAUCAUCCAACGGCAGCCGCUGCUGUUGCUUCAACAGCGUACACAAACUGUUGGAAUUACUCCAAUCCANAGUGUGAUGAUAAUGAUUAG